GAAGCCUGGACAACGUCCUUACAAAAUUUCAGAUAACAUCUCACGCAAACCGAAAGGCUUAAGUAAUGCGACGAUGGCCGUUGCACAGGCUAAUUUCAUAAUGUUGCCUGUAUUAUAUCCGCAGAAAAUUGGAAUGCAUUCUAUAACCGAUGAAGAUUUAGAAGCCUUUUGCCAUAUGUGGAAAUGCUACGGAUAUUUUCUCGGAAUUGAAGAUGAGUUCAAUUUUUGCCAUGGCAGCUUGAAGGAAAUAAAACAACGUUUAUGGGAUUUAACUCAACAUUGGACAAUACUUAAUUUUAAGGAAAUCCAACCUGAAUUCGUGCAUGUAACAAGAUGUAUGGUAGAAUCUAUAAAUUACUACUCGCUGUAUUUCCCUUAUAAGACAAUAAUAUUGCUUUUUACGGAAACAUUAAAUCUAAACAUGCCUAACUUGUAUGCAUCGCUCAAUUAUAGAGAGUGGAUCGCCUACAUUGCUUAUAGGUGAGUAAUACAUAUUUUGUAUG